UGGGUCCUGAUUCUCCCUAACUAUGAAGGGAACAUGAGGUGUCCUCUAAAAUCAUACUACUGCUAUGGAUUUAUAAGUGAACGUCAUAACAGGAGAAAUUUACAGAGGAACCCUGUGCACACUUAAGAAGAUUUAAAAAAGGUUGUGGCUGUGGUUCUGACACCUGCAGCUGGUGUGGUGUGAUCAGGGAUGGUGGGGUAUGAUCCAAACUCCCCUCUUGCGUCUCUCACGUCAGAGGAAGCGGCUCUGGCCGGGUCAGCGGCGGGCAUGGUCACCCGUGCCCUCAUCAGCCCUUUAGAUGUCAUCAAAAUCAGAUUUCAGUUGCAGAUCGAGCAGGUGUCCUCUCGAAGUCCUCAGGGGAAGUACUGGGGUGUAUGGCAGGCCACCCGCUGUAUUCUCACAGAAGAGGGACUUCCUGCUUUCUGGAAAGGUCACAUUCCUGCCCAACUGCUGUCUGUGUGCUUCGGGGCAGUUCAAUUUGCGAGUUUUGAGUGCCUGACUGAACUGGUCCAUAAGAAGACGUCCUAUAACAGCCAGACAUCUGGAGUUCAUUUCGUCUGCGGUGGUCUGGCUGCAUGUUCCGCCACAGUGGCCUGCCAGCCGCUCGACACCCUUCGGACGCGCUUCGCAGCUCAGGGAGAACCCAAGAUGUAUCGUAACCUCAUUCACGCCGUGGUCACAAUGUAUCGCACAGAGGGUCCCCUCGCCUUCUACCGGGGUCUCGCACCCACUCUAGUGGCGGUGUAUCCAUACGCAGGAAUGCAGUUCUUCUUUUAUAAUGUCUUAAAGAAGCGGCUGAAGUCUCUGGACAGCAUAUCGAAUGGAAGUUUACACAGUCUCAUCAGCGGUAGUUUUGCCGGAGUUAUCAGUAAAACUCUCACGUAUCCGUUCGACCUGUUUAAGAAGAGACUUCAGGUGGGCGGGUUUGAAAAGGCCAGGAUGCAGUUUGGACAGGUACGGACGUACCACGGAUUUGUAGACUGUAUGGUGACGAUAGCAAGAGACGAAGGGCCACGGGGAUUCUAUAAAGGCCUCUCGCCCAGUCUUCUGAAGGCCGCUAUGUCCACAGGCUUCACUUUCUUCUGGUAUGAGUUCUUCAUCAAUGCCAUAAGCAGCCUCAAGGGGAGCCAAUGAGCAGCUAGAGGAGGAUUUGAACGUCAGAGAUUUAUGAUAGGUAUGAGUAAUUUAUACAGAGAGUUGAUGUGGGACCAGGGCGGUUUUUAUCACACCAGGAGGAUUUUAUUUUUUAACUCUAACUUGCUCUAAAGAAGCCUCGAAUGAAACAAAUGCAUGAAAGGUUCUCUGUUCACAGUAAGACUGAGCUCUACCUCGGGAGACUUUGAAUUCAUUACACAUAUUUAGAGUUUUUAAGUUGGGUUGUCAUUACUGUGUGUUUUGUUUUAUGAAAUGUUGUCCUGUGUGAGGAUCUAUUUUAUUCUUUCAAUAUGUUACAAUGCAGGAGAAUUUCAUUUUUUUUACAUUUUAACUUUUAAGCAAUAUACACAGUAAAGCCUAUUCAUUAAACAGUUUGUGAAUGUUAAGGUAUUAAAAUGACUGUAUUUGAGCUGGAUUUAUGGGAACAGAUGAAAAUGGUGGCAUGUUACUUGUUGUUUUGUCAAUAUUUAUAGCGUGGUUAUUUAUUUCUUCUCAAGCUCAUUCGAGGUCCAGUGGAUGUAUUGAAGAGUUGAUUUGCAAAAACAGAUAACUCACGUUUUUUUAUUUUAUAAUAGUUUGAUUGAUAUUAAUUAAACCGCACAAUAAAAAAUGAGAUUUCCUAACAAAGAUUUUUGAAAAUUAUUAAAUAUACAGUUAUCUGUUUUUCCUAUUGAACUCUUCACAUUAUACCCUGACCUUUGUGCUCAUGUUAAAAUGUAUCAUGCAUAUUAAUCUUGUGACAUUUUAAACAUUUCAGGAGGAAAUAUUAUAAGACAUAGGACAACAAGAAGCUAUU